UCCCUCUUGUUCAUCCUCCCGCCGUUUCGUACGGCCCUGAGUGCUUUCCGCGUGAGCGAGAAGUGGGGAACCCGGUGUAGCGCGGUUCGCCCGACGGCGCGGUGUUCGCAUCGGGUUGUGUGUUCUGUCGCAGUUUCGGCAAUUCGGCGCACUAGGCGCGCGAGGUGAAAGAGAUCCCGAUCAUCGCGUCGAACAUCCCGACCGGACCUGUCAGUCGCGAAGGGCACCUCGUUCGCCCUUCGGUUCGUCGAACGUGUGACACGAAGGGCGCGCGCCGACGUCAUCCCACCUCUCUCUCUUUCUCUCUCUUUCUGUUUCCUCUCUGUCUCCGCGAUUCCCGUCUCGCUCUUUUUCUCUCUCUCUCUCUCUCGCUGCCCGCCUCCCCGUCUCACCGCCGGAAGAUGUUGGGCCUGGUCUGCCGUCAAGUGAAUUUGCUGGCGAAUACCCAAAAAGUCGGCAGUAGAUGUUUGGGAUCGAUAGUUCCUGUGUCGAGUCCACCGGACUUUCCGUUGGAGAAUGAGCCCAUUCUCAGCUACAAGAAGGGCAGUCCGGAAAGAGCGGAGUUGGAGAAGGUCCUGGAUAAAAUGAGUGGAGAAUGCGAGGAGGUGCCAUUAGUUAUUGGAAAUGAGGAAAUCAAAACUGAUCUAUGCAGAUAUCAAGUUAUGCCCCACAAUCACAAGGAGAAGGUUGCUAAAUAUUACUGGGCCACGCCGCAGCUCGUAAAGAAGGCGAUCGACGUCGCGGUGAAAGCGCAACGAGAAUGGGAGAAGUGGCCAAUCGAGAAGCGGCUGGAGAUGUGGUUAAGGAUAGCGGAUCUGAUGUCAACCAAGUACAGACAGUGUCUUAACGCCGCUACCAUGCUCGGCCAGAGCAAGACCAUAAUCCAAGCGGAGAUUGAUAGCGCGGCGGAGCUGAUUGAUUUUUUCAGGAUGCACGCGUAUUUUGUGAAGGAUAGCCUCAAGUACCAGCCGAUAUCACCGAAUCAGCAGACCCUCAACUCGAUGAGGUAUCGCGGCAUGGACGGUUUCGUCGCAGCAGUGUCGCCCUUCAACUUCACCGCCAUUGGCGGUAAUCUCAGCUAUACGCCGGCACUGAUGGGUAACGCCGUGCUCUGGAAGCCGUCCGAUACCGCAUUAUUAUCCAACUGGUGGAUCUUUAAGAUAUGCAGGGAAGCCGGAGUGCCACCCGGUGUGGUGAAUUUCAUUCCUUGCGAAGGGCCCGUGUUCGGCGACACCAUCACCUCUUCGCCACAUCUCUCCGGGCUCAACUUCACCGGUUCAGUACCGACGUUCAACCGUCUGUGGGCCCAGAUCGGUCAGAACCUCUCUAAGUACAGGAACUAUCCGAAACUGAUUGGCGAGUGCGGUGGCAAGAACUAUCAUUUUGUCCACGCGAGUGCCGACGUGGAGACUGUCAUUUACGCGACAAUAAGGAGUGCGUUCGAGUUCAACGGACAGAAGUGUUCCGCUUGCAGUAGAAUGUACGUGCCGGAGUCUCUAUGGGGCAAGGUGAAAGAUGGCCUUUUAGCUUUUCGUCAGAAACUCAAAAUCGGUGACGUUCAAGACUUCACCGUAUUCACUGGCGCCGUUAUAGACGCCAUCGCAUUCAAACGUAUUUCCGGUUACAUCGAAUAUGCGAAGAAAUCGCCCAAAAUGGAAAUUCUCGGUGGUGGAGGCUACGACGAUUCAUGCGGAUACUUCAUCGAACCGACAAUAGUACAAACCAAAGAUCCGAAAGAAAAACUCAUGACAGAAGAGAUAUUUGGCCCGGUACUCACGAUAUACGUUUAUAAGGAUUCCGAGCUAGACGAAACAGUGAAGCUGGUGGAAACAUCCACGCCUUAUGCCUUAACAGGCGCGAUAUUUACGCAAGAUGAAGAAUGGGCGAAGAAGGCGCUCGAGGACUUCAAGUAUACUGCUGGUAAUUUUUAUGUCAACGAUAAAUCCACCGGAUCGGUAGUCGGCCAACAACCGUUCGGCGGAAGUCGAAUGUCUGGUACAAACGACAAAGCCGGCGGUCCUCACUAUGCUCUUCGCUGGGCGUCCCCGCAGGCGAUUAAAGAAACUUUCGCACCCAUACGAGAAUACGACUAUCCGUACAUGAGAUCCUAAACACGAACUGCUCGUUGUUUAAUUUGGCGUGAUUAAUCCGGUAAUUUCGACUGCCUGACAAUAGCGCAUCGCAAACCGAGAGAAACGCUCAUAUUUAUGAUAUUUGUUUGGGAAAGAAUCUGCCGGGCAAUAUGCGACAAUUAUUAUACCUUGUUGCUCUAAUUCGACAAGCAAAAAAACAUCGAUUGAAAUUACCAUUAAAUGAGAUAUCAUAGAAAUAGCAAAUUAACGAAAUUAUGAGAUUUUUAAAAUUAAGCUUUAACAUAUAAUUCGAAAUAAAAAAAGCUUAAAAUUAUAGGAACAAACAUAACGAAAUAAACGCAUAACAUGUAUUUUCUAAAAUCAAUUUGAUAAGAUACUUGUCCCACGAUAGAAGAUGUUCUUAAAUUGCUUUUUCGUAAUUAGACAAAAUUGUUUAACGAAAAUAUAAUUGGAGAUAUAACGGCAAAAAGUAUCGUAUACUAUGUGACAAAAUUCUAAUGCCGAAUUAAUUCAACAUGCAGAAAUUGAAAAAAUAAUUUCGCGUAAAAGGUUCUCUCGUUAGGAAGCACAAGCCCGCGAGUGUAACUUUUACGAUGCACAAUAGAGACACGAUUAGAUUCCUAGAUGGAUUAAUGUUAAGGGGAGGAAGUCAGACUUGCAGGUCGUGGCCGGCAGUACACAUUUAAAUCGCCUUCGAAUGUUCCGUUGACAUCGCCUCAUAAUAGGGAAUUUCCAGUGCGAUCCUUCUAUCCGAUAGAUCCUGUUAGCCGCAGACGUUACUUCGUGAAACACCAUUGUCAAACACCGCUGUCUCGAUUACUCGCCACCAGUACAUUACCAAAGUAUUAUCCGAUUGUGCAUUUCGGAGACGUGUGAUCUCAUCACCGUGUAUUCGAUGUAGCCUCUCUCCCACGCUCUCAGUACAAUAAUCUUACAACUCAGGUAUCGCAUCAGGCCGAUCGAGGAGGAACACGUUUAUCCGCGGUGCGCGUCUCUCGUAUCCCGCACGAGAGAAGAUGGUAUCCUAAAUCUCAUCGAGUCAUAUUUUAGAUAACGUUCAUCGCGCUAUUGUCAACAAGUGUCCUCAAUGUCGACGGAGAGUAGAAUAAAACAUUGUUAAAUUGUGAUCAAUAAAGCUUCAACUUGGACACCCAAUUUUCAGGUGCGAUAUUACGUUAUGAAUAAUGAAUUUUCUUUUUUUUUUACUACUAGGGAGAUGGUAAUGGGUAGCGCAGUUUCGGUGAUUCCUUCAGUUCCUUUCUAACGUAGACUUUGUAAGAUUGUAUAUCGCGGAAGACGCGAUUUCUCUGUAAUAGAGCUGAAAUAUCUUCAGCAUUUACAUUAUACUCAGAUCUUUGAUCGUUCUAUAAUAUUGUUGAUAAUGUGACUGAGACGGAAUGUUUCGAGAGUUGGGUGAUUGCCGAAGACAUGAUAAAUGACAAUAUGUUAUAUAUUGUGGCAAGUGUUAUAGCGUUAUUUAAGUGUACGAUAGCAAUAAAGCAAUCAUAAAUCGA